CUUCGUGAUUUCCGCUGCCCCGGAAAACCCACGGUCUCUUUCAUACUUCCCGCACAUUUUCUGUGAUUUCUCUCCGAAACGCAAGCACGAUUCGCAAUGGAGAGCUUUGCCCUCCAUUCUCUUUCCAUCACCACCACUUCCUCCUUCUCUCUUCUCUCUCGCUCCUCACUUUUCCAUCUUUCAUCUCCCAAACCCAUCCUCAAAUCACCACCCUCCAUUUUCCCAUCUCCCGCCCUCCGAUCACUUUCCAAUCCCCUUCUCUUCACUCCACUUUCUAAAUCCCACAGUCGCAAUUCAUCACCCCACUUCACACUCCACUCCUCCCCAAACGACACGCCCUCUACUGUCCCCCCAACUCGAGCCCCACCCCCACCUCCUCCACAAGGAGCAAAGAUCCUCCCUUUAAUUAUCUCAAUUUCAAUUGGUCUCAUUGUACGCUUUGUCGUCCCUAAGCCGGUUGAAGUCAGCCACCAGGGCUGGCAACUCCUCUCCAUCUUUGUCUCUACAAUCGCGGGCCUGGUCUUGAGCCCAUUACCGGUGGGUGCAUGGGCUUUUCUGGGAUUAACGACGUCAAUUGUCACCAAAACGCUUACGUUUUCGACGGCAUUCAGUGCUUUCACCAGUGAGGUUAUAUGGCUGAUCGUGAUUUCAUUCUUUUUCGCACGUGGGUUUGUGAAGACGGGGUUGGGUGAUAGAAUAGCGACGUAUUUUGUGAAGUGGUUGGGGAAGAGUACAUUGGGAUUGUCGUAUGGUUUGACUUUCAGCGAGGCGCUUAUUGCGCCGGCUAUGCCCAGUACAACGGCAAGAGCUGGGGGUGUUUUCUUGCCGAUUAUCAAGUCAUUGUCGUUGUCAGCUGGGAGUAAGCCCGGCGAUUCUUCUUCAAGGAAGCUUGGCUCUUAUCUUGCUCAGUCUCAGUUUCAGUCUUCUGGAAACUCUAGUGCUCUAUUCCUGACUGCUGCUGCUCAAAAUUUACUGUGCCUCAAAUUGGCCGAGGAACUUGGAGUUAUAAUUUCAAGUCCUUGGGUGUCUUGGUUUAAGGCUGCUAGUUUACCUGCUAUUGUUUGUCUAUUAGCCACUCCGCUUGUCUUAUACAACCUCUAUCCUCCUGAAAUCAAAGACACACCAGAGGCUCCUGCUAUAGCUGCGAAGAAGCUGAAAAGUAUGGGCCCUGUCACAAGAAGUGAAUGGAUCAUGGUGGGGACAAUGCUUCUUGCAGUUUCUUUGUGGGUUGGUGGAGAUGCUCUUGGUAUACCAAGUGUUGUAGCUGCAAUGAUUGGUCUGUCAAUACUCCUUCUAUUGGGAGUCCUUAAUUGGGAUGAUUGCCUAAGUGAGACAUCAGCGUGGGAUACCUUGGCUUGGUUCGCUGUUUUGGUAGGUAUGGCCGGCCAAUUGACUAAUCUUGGUGUAGUAAACUGGAUGUCUGAUUGUGUGGCCAAGUCUCUUCAGUCUUUCUCUUUCAGCUGGCCAACUGCAUUUGGUGUUCUUCAGGCAUCUUACUUUAUAAUCCACUACAUGUUUGCAAGUCAAACUGCUCAUGUGGGAGCAUUAUACUCUGCGUUUCUGGCCAUGCACUUGGCUGCAGGUGUGCCAGGUGUGUUAGCAGCACUGGCUUUGGCUUAUAAUACAAGUCUUUUUGGUGCUCUGACGCAUUAUAGUAGUGGACAAGCUGCUGUAUACUAUGGAGCUGGUUACGUAGAUCUUCCUGAUGUAUUCAAAAUGGGUUUCAUUAUGGCUGUCAUCAAUGCUCUCAUCUGGGGAGUGGUUGGAACUAUCUGGUGGAAAUUUUUAGGACUCUAUUAAUUCUGAAUCCGUUUUUUUCUAUUUUGCACAUAAACAGAAACAAAAGAAAAGAGUGGUUGAAGUUGUUUUUUAAAGUUGAAGCAUGCUUCCACGAAAUGCUAAACUGGAAGCUUUGUUAGUAUGGUUGGUGAAUAAGUUUGGGUUAUGGCUUUGAAGAAAUGGAUUCUGCAAGAGUUUUACACACAGCAUGUGAGGUCUGAAGAAUAAAAGAAUUAAGGUUGUGAUGGGGAGGGUGGGUGGAUACUGAAAUUUGGACUAGGAUCAGUUGGUAUUUGAACCAUUUGAUCAAUAUGCUUUCUUAUUGAUUAAGACUGUAAUCGAUAGGUUUAAAUGGAAAUGACAUGAUAUAGAUUUAUACAAGAUUCGAUUGUUAAAAAUGAUUCAGGUUAA